AUGUCAGGUGCUUAUUUGAGAAAUGAAGGAUACAAUCCAGUCGAUGGAAAUGUUUUCGAAUCUUUCAAGAAAAUGAAUGAAAUCUUCUCUGCAAAUGAUGGUCGUCGUUAUUACCGUGAGUUAGAAAAUACUUGCUAUGAUAGUGAUGCUCCAUAUGAUUUUGAAAAACAAACACAUAUGAGAUUAACAAAAUCUGAACAUGAUAUUAACUGUUUAGGUGAAGCUUAUUUCAAACGUCAUGUUAGGAUAAAAAUAAAAUCAAGUGUUAUCUUUCCAGAUGAUUCAGUAUUUACAACUGAUAAGACAAAUGAUAAUGAUGAAAAAUAUCUUAAUUGUAAUAGAAUAUUUAUUGGAUUUAAGUCAAGUAAUCAAAUUUUUAGACAAUUAGAAGUUGAGACAGAUAGAGUAGAUACAGGAUAUUUGCAAAUGGAAAUGGUUAAAGAAGGUUUUGCAUAUGUUACAUAUAAACCAAAGUCGGAAAGAAAGACUAAGAAAUUUGUCCAUAGUUUAUAUAAUAAUGUUCAGAAAAUGGACAAUUCAGUAUGUGGGGUAUAUUUCAAUCCAAAUGAUGGUCAAUGGUUGAAAGAUGCUAAGGAUGAAAGGUAUUUAGAAUUUGAUAUGAUCAUUCCAUUAAAUGACUUAUUAGCAUUCCAGGCUUUUGAUGAUUACCCAAAGAGUUUUGGUGAUAUAAUUCUUAAAUAUUAUAACACACCUCAUUCAAUGGUUUAUUGUCAAGUUGAUCCAGCGAGAGCUGCUGAUAUUCAAUAUGUUUGUUAUGAUGAGAUGAAAAUGAAGAUUAUCAAGCUGUUUUAA